AUGAAUAAUCAGAGUAAACCGAAAAAUCCCUGGAAUAAAAACGUACAAAACCAACCGAAGAAGAAGCCCAACAAGACCUCUCCAACUCCUUCUCAAGUAAAGUUCAACGAAGCUCAUGCGAAACUCCAAGCAUCCGUCCACAAGCAUGUGCAAGAAUACGAAUCUUCUUCGGAAGAAGAAGACCUAGAAUCGAAUUCUCUAAUAGAUUCCAUAUUAAAUAACUACAGGAAAAACGAUGCGGAAGAAGAAAACGUCCAAAAAACUGGAAAUUUGCUGCGUGAUUCCUUUCUAUCGGGAGCCGUAACUUGUCUAAUAUGCAUUUCCAGAAUUAAGAAAGAGAAUGAGAUUUGGUCCUGUGUGAAUUGCUAUGGACAUUUCCAUCUAAUGUGCGUUCAACGAUGGUCGAAGGAUACGUUAACCCAACAGAAACACGCCCUUCAAGAGCAGACACCUGCGAAAGACAUCCGGCUAUGUUGGUGCUGUCCUAAAUGCCGCCACGAAUACACUUCUUCAGACGUUCCAGCGAAAUAUUUAUGCUUCUGUGGCAAAGCCGAGAACCCCAAAUACGAUCCCUAUCUCGUGCCACACUCCUGCGGCCAAAUCUGCAAGAAGAAAUUGAAACCGCUUUGUGGCCACACUUGUCUACUUCUUUGUCAUCCAGGACCAUGCCCACCUUGUCCGGUUACCGUUAACAUCACUUGUUAUUGCGGUUCACAACCGCCUAGGGUUCAGAGAUGUAGCAAAAAAGAUUGGUCGUGCGGCAAUGCUUGUGGCAAAAUUUUGGAAUGUGGUAAACACGCUUGCUCGUCCCCUUGCCAUUCGGGUGAUUGCCAACCUUGCCCGAAGAAGAGCAUACAAAAAUGCGUGUGUAAAAGCCAACAGAAACUCAGAGAUUGUGCUAGCCCAGUGUGGCAAUGUGAUAAGGUUUGCGAUAAGCCUCUUGAUUGCGGUAACCACAAAUGCGAACAAAUAUGCCACACCGGCGAUUGCGGUAGCUGCCCGUUGACUAAACCCAGGACUUGUCCCUGUGGAAAAACCACGUUCUGCCUUCCUUGCGUGGAAGAAACCCCGACUUGUCCGGAUACUUGCGACAAGCUGCUGGACUGCGGGGUGCACACUUGCAAUCUUCGAUGCCACAAGGAGAAAUGCGGCGUGUGCCUCGAAACGGUGGAGAAGCUCUGCAGGUGCGGACAAUACUCCAAAGAAAUCCAAUGCUACAAGCCCUAUUUGUGCGAAGUCAAGUGCAAGAGGAUGAAAGAUUGUAACAAGCACCCCUGUAACAGGAAGUGUUGCAACGGUAAUUGUCCGCCGUGCGAGAAACCGUGCGGGCGCACCCUUAAUUGCGGCAAUCACAAAUGCAAUUCCGUGUGCCACAAAGGUCCUUGUUAUCCUUGCAGCGAAACCGACGAGGUUUCCUGUAGAUGUGGAGCGACCAAGUUAGCCGUACCCUGCGGACGUAGAAGUAAAACCAAACCACCGAAAUGCAACUUACUCUGCAUGAUACCUCCGGAUUGCCAUCACGAAAGAAGGUUAAACCACAGAUGCCACUUUGGCGAUUGCCCGCCUUGCAAGCAAACCUGCGGCAAAACGCACGCCGAGUGUUCGCAUUCGUGUCCUGCGACCUGCCAUUCGGCCGUGUUGGUGAAAAUCGAGGGCCAGAAAGCCUCGAUGCCUUGGGAGCAAGUCAAACCGCAACUGGUACGGCAGGACCUGCCGUGCCCGGACUGUCUCGUCAACGUGCCCGUUACGUGUUUGGGCGAACACGAAACCUGCGAGUGGCCUUGUUACAUGGCUACACCGUCCAGUUGUCACAGACCGUGCGGUAGAUUGUUACAAUGCGGCAAUCACACUUGCUGCCAAUUGUGUCACGUCGUCGAAAAUGCCGUCGAUGGAAUUAAUGCUGGUUCGAAUUGCGAAAUUUGCGAAAGCAGUUGCACCAAAGAUAGACCGGUAGGUUGUACCCAUGCUUGUCCGAAACCUUGUCACCAAGGUGAUUGUCCACCCUGUAAAACGAUGACGAGGAUAAAAUGCUAUUGCGGACUUAAUCAAUUAUACGUAAAGUGCUCAGAUUGGUUGGAUGAAGAGAAGAAGCUCGAAAUACAAGCCUGCGGUAACCAAUGUCCCAAAAAUUACGAAUGUGGCCACAGAUGCAAAUCGAACUGCCAUCCCGGUCCGUGUCCGAACGCUGAGCAAUGCAAGAAGAAAGUGAAAGUCUCGUGCAAAUGCAAAAGGAUCAGGAAGGAGUUCUCCUGCGAGACCGUGCGGAAAAAUAUGGCUGUCGUAGACUGCGAUCAAAUAUGCGAGGAAAAGAAGGAAGAAAGUAAGAAGAUCAGGGAGGCCGCUGAAGAGCAGAAGCGAAAGGAAGAGGAGAUUAAAAGUAAAAAAGAGCUAGAACGGUAUCAAAAGAUGUUUGAAGGGAAGAAGAAAACUAGGGAUAGAAGAAGACAUGACAACGAAGAAGACGAAGGUUUCUUUAGGAAAUAUCGGUUAAUUUUAUUUAGCGUGCUGAUUGUUUUUAUAUCUGUAUGUGGGUAUCUACUAAUAGGUUCCAAUUAA